AUGUUAUCGAAAGCAGAUGCAGAAGCAAAGGCUAUGACGAUCAUUGCUGCGUCCCAUUUCUCCUGCUCCAUCGUGCUUCUCAGUAUCGGAAUCCAGGUCUUCAUGUGCUUCUACGGCCUUUCGACCUUCCUAGAAACACCCAGGGAAAUGCGGAAAGGCCGUCUGCCUUAUAUCACUUUCAGCUUCAUCAUCCUCUUCACGUCGGGUAUAACCACCGCGUUCACACUUUACUUUUACGUUUUUUACUUUGAGAAUCUGUACACGUCGGGACCUAACAUUGACUACAUCAUCGUUAACCAAGAGUUAGCAAAUGGGCGGAUGUGGACCGUCGACAAGGCAUGUACAGCCACUGAUACUCUACUCGGUCAUGGACUUCUGGUGAGCCCGCUGUUCAUGCCUCCUCCUCCUUUCCUCGCGGUUUAUUUCGACCGGAAUUAA